UUCCCUGCGUGCAGCAGCGGCGGCGGCGGGGGUGACGCGGAGAAGUCUCGGCUAUUUCUUCUUUUCCAGGAGACGUCCUCCUCCUCCUCCUCCUCCUCCUCCUCCACCUCCUUCACCUCCGUCCACUCUUCAUUUGAGCAACAGCGCACAGCUCGCCAUGGGGGGGUUCGCGCUUCUCCUUUUUGCCUCCUCGGUCGCGCUCGUUGGGGUCUGCUCCGGAGGCUCGGACGCGCCCCGGGGCGUCGCAGUCGGCUUCGUUUUUGACCUCAAAGCGAAGUGCGAGCCGCCGUGCGAACACGCCGGAGUCUGCAUCCGCAACAACACAUGCCGCUGCUCCAGGGGCUAUGAAGGAGAGACCUGCCAAUAUGCCAACUGUUAUCCCAAAUGUAAAAAUGGAGGAGUGUGUCUUCGCCCUGGAAAAUGCAGAUGUCCUCCUGGAUUUGGUGGAAAAUACUGUCACAAAGUGAGGUGUGAUGGGGGAUGCUGGAACGGAGGAGAAUGCACUGCUGUCAACGGCGUGGCCAAGUGCAUCUGCCCUUCAAGCUGGGCCGGAUCAAAAUGCCAAGAGGCAAUCUGUCCUCAGGGCUGCAGGAACGGUGGGAUCUGUAUGGCUCCAGGAAUCUGCAGCUGUCCCGUGGGAUGGCUGGGCGGCGCCUGCCAUACUGCCGUGUGCGGUCGGCCCUGCUUGCAUGGAGGGAAGUGCAUUUCUCCCAACAAAUGCCGCUGUCGACACCCUUUCUCUGGACCUCGCUGUGAGGAAAGGAAAAAGCCCCACUAGUGCGCCCCAAGGCCCAGACGAGGUUGUGGGGGUGAUUGUGUUUUUAUAGCUGGAACGUAGGUAGUUUUACACACAAACUGUACGGAAAAGAUGGACGUGGCCGUUAUGAUCUCGCUCAUAAAGUUAGUGAAGACCCGUCUCAGAGUUGUGACAUCAGGCCUGAAUGAGAAACUGAGGGACGCGUUAUAUUCAUAGAGCAGUGGCUCGUCAGUCACUGGGUAGGCCUCCCAUAAAGCGUAAAUGUUUUAUCACCUAUUAUACUCCAAAUUUACAAAAUGAAAAUCAUGUAUUCAGACUUAAACAACAAGGAUCUCUUUUAAAAAAGCAGCUAAAAACUCGUCUUUUGAAGCUUGUUUUUGGGUAACUUUGUUUUUAUGUUUUUAGUAUUUUGUUGUGAAACUCCUCACUUCACGAGCAUUGUAAUAAUUAUCUUGAAUGGUGCUAUAUAAAUAAAUAAAUAUUACAUCGAUCCACCUUUUUACAUACAGUAUCAUUUGUUUUUUUUUACAUUUGUAUUUUUGUAAUAUUAUAUGUGUUUUAUGUUAUCAUUUGAUGUAUAAACAUGCAACUUGCUACAAUUUGUGUCAUUAAAUGAAAAACAAAAACAUCUUUAUUAUGCGUAAUCUGGAACCGUUGCUAGAAAACAAAUCUUAUAUACAACUCCAACAGGAUUAUCUUGCAGGAUCAUUGCUUUGAUCCAUAUUUGCUAAUAAAUGCUUAACAGAUUCAGACAGGUCUAAUAAGACAGCAUAUUAAUGACAACAGUAAUGAAAAAUAAAUGAUUUUUGUUCAUAUCGUGGUCUUCAGGCUAGUUUGUGACAUGCACCAGCCACACGAGGCUUAAUGAAGAAGCAAGCUCAAGCUAAUUUUAUCUAAAAUGUUUGAUAGCAACAAUCUCCACCACCAGCCUCAUCGUGUGUGUGCAGCAGCACACAGGCCUGUAUAAAAAG